AUGGCGGACUUGGUCGGCCUGGCCGCCCACGGCCUUGGCGCCCUGACGUCCCUCAGCCUGGUGCUGGUGCUCUUCGACUGGAGCCUCUUCGCCUACCACCCCACCUGCAUGGCAAUCGGAUACCUGCUACUCAUGUGCGAGGGAAUCUUAGAGGCCGUCGGCUUCCGGUCCCUGGAGGGCGACCGGCGGGUGGCAGCGAUCACUAGGCAUAUGUGGUGGCAGGUCUCGGCGGUGGUGUGCGUCGGGGCGGGCUUCGGGGCCAUCUAUGCGAACAAGGUUGCGCACGGCAAGGAGCAUUUCUUGUCUCGGCACGCAAAGGUUGGACUGGCAACACUAAUCUUCACAGCCCUGGCCCCUUUGAUUGGGGCCGCCAGCUUCAAGAGCCUAGGCAUUUUUGAGACACUGCCCAUGUGGCUGCAGCAGAGGGUCAAAUGGAUACACAGAAAUGUGGGCACUGUUGUCUGGGUGUCUUCCUUGCUCACCAUCGAGCUGGCACUCACACAUCAUGCAGUGCAGAAGGGUGCCUUCACAACUUUUUGGCAGGGGAGCGUUGUGGUGCUUGGGCUGAUCGUGAUGUUGAAGAUGCGUCAGAGACCUACGAAGUUUCCAACGAACAUUCCGACCCAUAAGGAAGUGCAACAGUGA